AUUCGACUAUUCGUCUGUCCGAUGUAUUCCUCGCUGCAAUCUUCACAUUUAUUUCUAUGUUGUGUCAGAAAGAACUCCAUUUUUUCUCCCAUAUUGAGUAUAAUAAUAAAUUGAUGAUUUUUGCAGAAUGGUACUUUCAUUGGUUCAGUCGCUAUGGCCUUGAUGCUAUGCCUAGGAGGAUUUUUAAUGAUGUACCCACAUAUGUCUGCAGGAGCAUACUACUUUACUUAUUUGUCUUUCAUGAGCUAUGCCACAGAAGGUGUGGUACAGGCCUUAUAUGGAUAUAACAGAGAUGACCUUCACUGCUCAGAAACAGAGGAAUAUUGCCGUCACAUAUCUCCGAAAUUAUUACUGAAAGAAAUUGGCAUGGAACAGGACAAUUACUGGUUUGAUGUUUUGUACAUUUUCCUCGUCCUCAUCUUAUUCAGAUCUUUGGCCUUCUCCACGCUACGUAGGAAAGUUAGUUCGAGAUGAUGUGAUCUUUUUUUCAAUUCUGUUCAUGGACGAUGCAGUGCUAACAAUAUGGAUAAAACUUGAAAAUAUUACUUAGUUUUACUAUAUAGUUUAGAAUUUACAUGUGGAAGUGAUUAGUGUCUAGAACUGCAGCUAGUCAAUUUUAUUUUUGUAUGGCUACACUCACUAUACCAACGAACUGGAAAAUUCCAAAAGUCAGACACAUGUCGAGUUUGAUAAUAUAUUAGACCAGGCUGUAACGACUGAUUCGAUAUCGAUUUGUCGAAAGGUCUAUAAAUUCAGGGUUCUCAAUUCUCAGUAAAGAGGAGUGAGGUCAUUGUUAGCAUAUAUGAUUGGUCGAAUUGGGACUUCAACAACAAUAGGAACUUACAACUGUUUUACUCUUGAAGCAUGGUGAACCUUUUGUUUUGUUCAACGGAGUGAUCGACUAUAUAGCUCCACCAUCCUUGCCUAUCAAACACACUGAGAGUAAACAAUUAUUUUAUGUUAGCUGUCUUAGACCUGAAGUUGUAGAAGAGACUUGAUGUAAUUUCUAUGUGCACAUUUCCCUAGCAUUUAAAUCCUUUCCGCGGUCUACCUAAUCUGUGCAAAGUCACCCUAAUCGACCCCUGGGUGUUCCCUUGCUUUCGAAAAUUGAGAACAAAAAAGUUUAGUUGCUGUUGUUUGUUAUAGAAUCGAUUUGUUCAGUAUAACAUUUUUGUAUUACCGGAAAUGAAUUACGGAGUUAACGCGACAGUUUUUACAUUAUAUCGGUUUUGAUAGGAUGAUAUUAUAAAAAUAAUAUAAUUUGAUGAACACCGUUUUGAAUUUGUUCUAUUUGUAUCCCAAAGAUAAAGUAAAAAUAUAUAAAAUGAAAAAA